AUGGUAUUCCCUCCCAGUCAAAACUAUGUCAUCCGACCAGAGGAGCGAAACGAGCGGGGAUACGCCGAUCUGCAUACUCUGGAGUACAGGGAAAGUGGCACCAAGUACCGCAAGGUCCACUUCCUGAUUACCCAGUGCAAGCGGAGAAAGUAUGAGACCGCGCAGGGUACCUGGGACGAGGGCAAGGAGCAAUUGCACAGGUACCUUACUUCAAUCAGCUCAAAGAGCACUUACCAAAACCAUCGCAUUUUAUUAAAGGAUUUUUUAUUUGAACUGCUAGAAUCAGUUUUACUUCUAGGGUACAUAUCCAAGGGAAUAUAUCAAUUGAAUGAAUUUCCAUUAAUUCUUUUUUCUAAAAAAAGGGAAAUGGAUAGGGAUAUGGUCUCUCAUUUUUGCUAUGCCUGUGGGACAAGUCUACCUGUUGGAAAGGAUGCCAUCCUAGCUGACGAUGGCCGCUCUGGUAGCUUGAUACCGGGCCGGCCAAUAUACCACGAUAAAUGGAGAAUCAGACUCAAUCCUACAGAUUUCAACAAACUAUAUUUCACUGAUUUGUUUGUCUGGGGAAGCUUCAUUCGUGUUAUCACAAUCUCCCAAGACGAUAAUCUUGAGGAAAACUUGCUACAAUAUCGGCUUUCUGGAAUUGGGCAGAGCACCAGACUCACUGUGAUGUUCGAGGUCCCUCGGGACCGUGACAUGGCGCUUCUUGGGCGUCCUCAUUUCGGGGGUCGAGGAAAUAAAUUUAUGAAGGUCUAUGCGGCUAAAUGGCUGGAUCCUAACACUCCUAGGGAGCGACAAUGUUCAUAUGGGUAUCCGAUCCAUGCUCGUUGCCGGGACUUCAUUGAGAGAUUCUUCGGCGCUGAGGCAGAGAAGCAUUUAGAAUGCCUGCUGCACGCAUUACAGGAAAGGUGGGCUGAUUUGGAUUUCCAAAUUUCGGGGCCUUCGUGCUUGGAUUAUCAGAAAUGUCAGGAAAAAUGGACGAAGAAAGCGAUACCUUUUUAUGAUCCCGUGAAAAUCCCAGCCCUUUCGCGAGGUCAUCGACGAAAGUAUCGAACGCUGCCGACAUAG